UGGCAGGCACGACAGCGCCAGAAAAAGUAGUGGGUGUAACCCUCAGAACAGGAGAUUAAUGCUUUCAAGAAAGCAUCAAGAGGCAGUGGAGGACAAAGUUACCGAGUGAAGAAAGAUCUCAUAUGGGUUUGGAAGGACAUGAGGGUGGUGACAGCUUGUGUGUGGGCAUCAUCUGGUGUGCAUAAGGAAGGCGUUCAGAUAUGGCAGCCAAUAAGAAUAAGGGUCAGAGCUCUUUGGCCCUGCACAAGGUCAUUAUGGUGGGCAGCGGAGGUGUAGGAAAGUCUGCCCUCACACUUCAGUUUAUGUAUGAUGAGUUUGUCGAAGAUUAUGAGCCCACAAAGGCCGACAGCUACAGGAAAAAAGUGGUGUUGGAUGGAGAAGAAGUUCAGAUUGACAUUUUGGACACAGCCGGGCAGGAAGACUAUGCGGCCAUUCGAGACAAUUAUUUCCGCAGUGGAGAGGGUUUCCUGUUGGUGUUCUCCAUAACGGAGCACGAGUCUUUUACAGCUACUGCAGAGUUCAGGGAGCAGAUCCUGAGGGUUAAAGCAGAGGAUGAUAAGAUUCCACUGCUAGUGGUUGGAAAUAAGUCGGACCUUGAGGAUCGGAGGCAGGUUUCAGUGGAUGAGGCCAGGGGAAAAGCUGAGGAGUGGAGCGUGCAGUACGUAGAGACUUCUGCCAAGACACGGGCCAACGUAGACAAGGUGUUUUUUGAUUUAAUGAGGGAAGUUCGGGCUAAAAAGAUGUCAGAAAAUAAGGACAAAAAUGGGAAGGGAAAGAACAAGAAGAAUAAGAAGAGCUUCAAAGAGCGAUGCUGUUUACUUUGAACUACACAUGGACGUUUACAUGCCAAAUCAGCUUGCAGCUCUGUGGGAAACUGAGUCAGCGCCUUUUUCUUUGUUAUAAUCAAGACUUGAUUAGUAGGGUUUUGUACUGGCCAAGGUAAGCCUUUAUCGCAAUCUUUCAUUCCCUAGCUCAUUCAAAUAACAAGACCCAGAUCAAAUGUUAUUCAUACUUUCUUUUAUGGACUAUGACCACUGGUUAAAGAAGACUGUGGCACUUUAGGACUUUGAAAAAUGGAGGUGGCCAUCAUGUACCCAACACUAACUUUAUUGCUCCAUAACUGCAGAAAUUUUCUUUAGUAAACAAAGUUACCUUUUUUUAUUGCACACCUUUUGAGUAUUUCUUGUUAGUUUUUUUUAUUUUUUAUAUCUAAUCCUUUUAACACCUUUUGACUCCAUCAUGGCAUAGAAAGCAAGUAAUCUUAUAUCAAGGUAUUCCAUGUUGUAGUACUGUGGUGUUCAGCUUUGAAAACUUGUUGAAAAGCACACAUGGUUAUGAGGACUGAGUGUGGCAGCACAGACUAAUAGUGCCACCUGGUGGUUCAAACGUACAGUCCUCAGGUGUGCAUGUUACUAAACGCUGUGAAACUGAUUUCAUUCAUGCUUUAGUGUUUUAUUAAAAUAUUUUUGUAGAACAUUAGUUACAAUUAGUUGACAUUAGUUGUAGUUACAUUUCCAUUACUGUCUUAUGAGAAAAAUGUAUUCUAUGUGAAAAUGUGCCAACAAAGAAAAUAAUUAUCUUAGCAUUCUCAGACUGAAAUUUUAUUUUGUGUUUGUUUAGCUCUCUAAACUGUUGAGGAGCUAAAUUCUCAUGAGUACUUUGCAACUGCUCCUUUAUACAUACAUCACCAGACCUAGACUGCAAUUUGUAUUGUUGUUUUUCCUCUGGCUUUUAGAAGAAAAACUUGUUGCCAAAUAAUAAUAAAAAAAAUCCUCCUUUGCAUCACCUGUU